AUGGCGAAAUGCGAUUGCCUGCCUUUGAAAAGCGCGCACAUCUCCACACGCAAGUCUGAUUGGUCCUCUGGUGAAGCGCAGAACUCCCAGUCAACUUGUGGGGCUCGCCGAGGCAGAUUGCCGUCGUACUUACAACACCAGGGACACGCGCAGAGUAUGGCAUCGUCAGCCUCCUCCUCCGCCUCCUCCACCCGAUACAACCAAAUACGUCUACGAAGAGUUAGUUUGAAUGCCGAGAACCUUGUCACUCAACCUAAGGUCAUUGGACGGCAUUUGAGGCGCCUGAGGGAACCUGUUUACAGCCGAAAGUACUCAGAUAGAAUCUUCACGCAUACCCACUUAAGUGGGAUAAAAUCCUCGCCACCUGAUUAUCAUGAGGUUUCUGGAAAGACGUCAGGCUCAACCAGCAGUCUGGGCGAGGAUGCGGGAGAUUUCGACUUUUCCGACGUCCACUCCAGCUGUCUGGCCCUCAAUCCGACCCCAAAUCGGCGAACCUCAUUCCUCUACCGUCCUGACUCGAGCGGGGAUGCCUCCUCCUACAGCUCUCGCCGACCUUCUGUGUCGUGUGGCGACGCCGUGAAUUUGUAA